CAAGAAACCGAUUUAAUUCCCCUAGGAACUUUAACUUUUAAUUGUCAAAUUUAACAUUCAAAUCAGCUAAUAAUUGGUUAUAAACCGACCAGGACGGGCGGCGGUGUUUCGAACAUGAAUACGAAAAUGUAGUCUGCUUUCAGCGUAGCCCCCCCGUCGUCUCCGUGUUGACAUUUGUGUUUUCCUUAGAAAGGAAUUUUCAAUCAAUUAUGUUUUUCUUAGUGAAAGAUCCCUGCGGAAUCGUUUGUAUUAUUUUAACAUAUUUAGCGGUAUUUUACGCCGACUACGUUAUCGUGAAAUGGGUGAUCUUACAAACAAUGCAAAACAGCUUAUGGGGCUCCUUUCAUAUGGUCAUGUUUAAUACUGUGGCCUUUUUAGCAUCGAUGGCUCAUUUUCGAGCUAUGUGUUCUGACCCUGGGACUGUUCCGCUGCCCCAUAGCCGAAUGGACUUUUCUGACAUUCAUUCAGAUUGUAAUGGUGGGUCUGAUCAGGAAGAUUGGACUGUAUGUACAAGAUGUGAAACAUAUCGCCCUCCUCGAGCACAUCAUUGCCGAAUAUGUAAGCGUUGUAUUCGCCGCAUGGACCACCAUUGCCCAUGGAUAAAUAAUUGUGUGGGAGAAAGAAAUCAGAAAUAUUUUCUCCAGUUCUUGGUGUAUGUAGGAUUACUUGUCAUUUAUGCUGUAGCCUUGGUGAUGGCUUCUUGGAUGGAAGAAUGUCCUGAGUGUCCAAUGGAUAUUACUGUCCGUCAGAGUAGAAUCUUACACACUGUGUUGGUGUUAGUAGAGUCCUUAUUAUUUGGAUUAUUUGUAGCAGCCAUGUUAAUUGAUCAACUUCAAGCAAUAUUCGGUGAUGAAACUGCUGUUGAACAGGCUCAGGACCUGGGUCCGUACCGUCCACACAAGCCACGAAUGGCUCUGCUUACUGAAGUUUGUGGACGCACGCACCCUUUGCUCUGGCUUCUUCCUUGUGACACAUUAGGACCACACAGCUCCUAUCAAAAUGACUCCAGUGCAUUAUUAACUCAUGAAGUUUGACAAAUAUUGAUGGUUAACAUAAUUUUUAAUUCAAUACAUACCAAGAACUACUCCUUCAUAUUCAUCAUAUAAAAUUUACACUUUUUAAAAAGUAUUUUACCUCAAGAAUUUUUCUCCUUGAAGUGUAAUUUGUUAAUGAAGGGUGUGUGAUGGUACUAUGCAACAUUGUGAUAAAUUUUGAAGUGAUUCCAUUUUAGUUUCAUUUUUUAAUUCUCUAUUUGGAAGAUUUAAAGCAUCUAAAGAUGCAUUUAUAGUUAAUGUUAUACUUUUGAAUUACCAUUUAUAAUAUGUAUUACUAUAUGUAUUGUAUCAUAUUUAUUUUAGUUGUAUCGUGAAUAUACUUAGGCAAAGAACUAAAUGAUCACACUGUAAGCGACAUCCAUUGAUCUUGUCUGAUGUGAGAAUGAUUUAGUUGUAGAAAAAUGUUAUCGCUCUGCUUUAGCAGCAUUUCAAUAAUUGUGUUACUUGUUAUUGGUUUUUGAUAAUUUUUUUUGGAGAAGUAUACAUUUUUAAAGUAAUGCAUUGUUCUUGCCCUCUUUUUUUUGUAAUAUUUCAUGCUGUUCUUGCCCUAUGUAAUUGAUGUGGUAAUUGUCUGCUCGCUGAAUCAGAUAUUUAUUCAAUUCACUGACAGAGUGAAAUUUUUUAAAAAGUAGUCUCCUUUAGAAGGACCAGACAUACCUUCAGCACAUUUAAUUUCUCCCUUUCCUUAAAGUACACAGUGGCUAGGAAUUACCAAAGACGUAAAUACUGAAUCUGCAAGAUUUGCUCAUUUAACUUAAUGCUUUAUCAUCAUCCUGCGUUUUCAGCAACUCAGUUUCUUCUCUACCUGUGUCUGGAUAUUUUUGUAUAGUAGCUGUUAAAUCUGUUUCUGAUUCAAAAUUUUGAAUGAAGUAAGUUAAAACAAUCGAGGAUCACUUGCAAUAAUUACAAGCUGAAUUUGUGUGGAUUUUUCAUGCUGAGACACAUUGUGCUCUGUAUUCUUAUUAUCGUAAGGGUGGCCGUAAAACUAUUAGCCAUCUCACUAAGUAGCUUCAUUCCUCUUGGCUUUUAUCUCUAAUUGAAGUGAUGCUCAGCUUUAUACUAUUCCGGUUUGUGUCAUUUUUGUCUACAAUUGACCAUUAUUUUUAGAAUUAAUCUAUGCAUCACACUAGAUUAUUCUUAGAGGAAUUAUUGCUUAAACUAGUCAACAUUUCUUUUUCUGUUUUGAUAUUAAUGUCUAUUGAUAGUAAUAAUAUCGAUUGCUACGACAUAUCAAUCUCUGGAAAUGGAGCAGCUUCAGACAAUGAUAAAUUCGGAAACUACUUAAGAUACGGACUGACAUCUAUGAUAUCUUCUGGCGACUUGUUAUAGGGCUUGUUUUGUUAAUUUACAGAAAUUUAAUGUCUGUCACAUGACAAAGGAACCCUUAUGUAUUUCCUCUAGAAUUUUCUUAUGAACAAAGAACACUUAUGUCUUCUCUCAUUUUACUUUAAUUGCAGAGUAAUUCAAUACCAUAGCUUUAGUCCCCUGAGUUUAUGAUGUAGAACUGUUUCCAAGUUCUGUGUGUAUAUUUCCAUGCACUUCUUUGUCUUUGGCAUUCAUUGUGGAGACUAGUUAAUUACAUACGAGCAAAUCUUUCAAGCUUGUCAUCUGCAGAGUGGAAUGGUAUGUCAAAACUAUGUCUUAAAGGCAAAAUCAAUAUCGUUCCAACACUUUUCUGACAUUGCUUUGACAGUCAUUUGCACUGCGUUAUUAAUUAAUAUAUCAUUUUGGGAGAGGAAAAAGAACGAGGGUACAAUAGGAAGUUCCCUGAACAAUGUCUGUUGUUAUAUUUGUAUUAGCUUAUGUAUAGGUAAACCAAACUCACCACUUUGUUUUUCUGUCCACGCCAUAUGAUAGAUUUUUGGUGGCUUAAAAGUUAAGGAUUUUCUCAUAGAUGGAGAUGGGUACUUAUUCGAAGAUGGACUUAAUUUUAUACCUCAUUUAUGUAUAUUGAAAAGACUGUCAUGUAGUUGACUUGCAAGAGGUCUUUGCACAAUCUCCUGUGGUUUUUGCAGGACCGUUUUGUAAUCCAUUGCUCUGCAUUUCGUGUUUAUUAUCGUUUUGCGACUUCUAGGCAGCUUGCCUUUAUAGUUAAAUUUGGUUCUUUGCAUAACUAGGCGCACUGUUCUACUGAGGGUGUGCUGCUUGAGGUGUGCACAGAGUAUACAGUGUAUCCUCCUUUUACCGUGUUGACGAUUUAACAUUAUCUUGUUAAUCCUUUCCUUACCUUCAAAUUUCUGCAAAACCAUUUUGUACAAAAUAGUGAGGGAGCGAGAGAGAGAGAGAGAGUUGUCCAGCAAUACAUAUCAUGUGCAAUACGU